UAUGUUGAAAAAUGCAAUAUUAAAAUAAUACAGUAAUAAAUACAAUAUUAAAAUCCCAUCGAACGAGCAUGAGAAGCGGUAGCAUCAGCGAAUGCGUCAAUUUUAAUUUUUUAAUAUGAUAAAUACUGAUAAAUAUAACCCAUACAAAUAAAAGCUCUUUUGGGGUCCUCCAUAAUUUUUAAAAGUGGGAAGGGGAUCUGGGAGCAAAAAGUUUAAGAAACAUUGCUUCAGACUAUUAACUUGCUGGACAGAGAUUGCACAGUGUGAUAAAUCAGGAACUGGACAAGCUGAGUUUGUGUAAUAUACUAAGCUUCAAAAAAGCAACCAGCGUUAUUAUUCACCGAACUUAGCAUGGGAUGUGAAUGUAGUAAUAACAAUUUAUAGUGCAAACUUAGCCAAAGUGUCUCUCAUGGUACUUGAUUGGUAUAAUAACUACAUGAGUUAUAAAUGGUUCAUAAUAUAACAUACCAUCAUAAUAUAUGACGUAGCUGGCAGUGAAAUAGCCUUUCAGCUCUAUACUUACAUUAUUCCUCUUUGGGGCAAAGAAAAAUCCACCUUGCCUGGAUAUCAUCAGUGCCUGCGCUGAUUCAAUCAAGAUGGAACUGAACCUGUACUUGAUUCUUCUGUGCAUCCCCAUUAACUCUGGAAAGGCCGUUGUGGCCAUGAGAAGUGAGGGAGAAAUAGAAGUUUGCAUCACCUGGAACACCUCUAAUACAUCUUCAGAAGAGCAGUUUCCUUGCUCAAAGUUCAUCUUGGGUGUUGGAAGCAAUGCAGUAGCAUUCUUAUCUUCAUUUAUUUUGAAUUCUGGAAGCUGGGAACUGGUUGGAUCUGCCCAGCUGUGGAAUGAGUGGGGCAGAACAUCAAAAGUAACCAAUCUUCUUCCAAAAGAUUCAUACUGUUGGUUUUAUCGGUCAGUUUCAGAUCCCACAGUUUUAUUGUGCCAGUGCAAUUGUUAUGUAGCUGAAGACCAACAGUUUCAGUGGCUUGAAAAGGUUUUUGGAUGCCUGCAGAAGACUGAUUUGCAAAUACUUGUCCUUUCAACGUGUCCUGUAACAGAUUAUAAAACCACUGAAUCCACUCUAACGCUCCCUUCUCCCUUCCUGAAAGCAUUGAAGACAAGGGAGUUCAAAGAUAAAGUUUAUUGCUCUCUUCUAGAACAGCCAAAUAUUGUACGGGAUCUCCCAGCAGCAGUUCUCAGUUACUGUCAAGUGUGGCAAAUCCCUGCAAUAUUUUAUCAGUGUUACACUGAUAUUCUCAAACUGGACUUAGUAACAAUUGAAACUUUCAAACCUGUCUUGUCAUCCAAAAUUCUAAGAAGUUUGGUGGAGGAUAUUUCAAGAAGCACAGAAAUACUGUCAAAAUUGGUGACACCUAAUGACAUUCAUAACAUCUACACUUAAAAAUGAUUUGUGAUCCUUCAAAUUUUGAUUAAGCUUCUGUACUUGUAAGCUGCAGCUGCUUUGGAACAUGGGGCUAGUUCUUCAGAAGUGGGACAUACACUAUUUUUUGUACCAUAUACUGGCCAUUUGGGGGAGGGUUUGGCUGAUUAAACGAAAUUAAAAUAUGACCUUUUUAUUUUGCACAAGUGGAAGAACAUAUUUUUCUUAAGAAUGUUUCAUGCAUUUUUUUCCCUACCAGCAAAGUCACACCACUCUGUUACCACUAGACAAAUCAGUGCAACAAAAGACAUUGUGACAGAUGUGAGGAAAAAGCAAAGAAGGCAGAACAGUUCCUUAAAGUCACUGGUAACUACUCAGUUAUGGUGAGAGGAAAAAUGCAUACAGUAGAAACAGCGCAGACAUGAGAAAGCAGAGAGCUGGUGUUAGAUGAUUGUGACAGAGAAACAAUGACGAAGCUUUAGAAAAAGGGACAGGAUUUUGAAAAAGAAUUCUUGGGGUUGGUGGAAAGAGAAGUGAUGUAGCUGAAAAUACUGAUUUUGUCAGAGCUCGUAAUUACAGUGUGUAUGUUCACACAAAGAGCAGCAGUUAUAUUACAUAGGUUUUGCUGAACUUGAUGGUGCUUGCUUUUGAUUGCAAGGGUUUGACUUUUUCGAUGCAUGUUUAAAAAAAUUCCAGUCAGUUAAACUGCAACAUUUAGCUGAUAAUAAAAAAUACACUACUGCAAACAGGUGUUUAAUCCACUAAAAUGGGAAUGCAGCCUGCAGGGUGAUUCUACCAGAACUCUCUCAUCAUUGGGCAUCCUGAUCUGGAAUUCUCUGGGGUGUGUGAGAAAAAAGAAUGAACCAAAGGACAAGCAAAUGGUACAUAAUCACUGCACUUUUUUUUUUUU